CGCGGCCAUGAGCGGGAGCGGGGCCGCGCUGCGCGGGCACGACGCGGAGCUGCGGGAGGCGCUGUCGGAGCUCCGCGGCCGGCGGGAGGAGCUGAGCGGGCGGAUCCGGGAGGAGGAGGCGGAGCGGCGGCGGCUGCAGCGCCGGCUCCGGGCGCUGAGCGAGCGCCUGGCCAGCACCGACGAGAGCCUGGCACGGCACCUGGCAGCCCGGGGCGAGCUCGACAGGACCAUCGCCGAGACCGAGGCGGCCUACGGAAAGAUACUGGAGAGGUCUCAGCCAUUGCUGGAUGUCCUGAAGGGAGAAGCUGGGAAUGCUGGUAAAGCCACUGAGCCACAGAGCGCUUCAAAAGGGAAAGAGAAACAAGCACAUGGACCAAAGGAUUCCUGAACACCUUGUUCUUCAACCUGGAGAGUCCUGUUGGUCCAGGGCAGCUGCUGUUCUGAUGCAGGGAGGCCACAUUUCAUAAAAGUCUUUGUUUUGCAGUA